GCCAUUUUCCCUUUCAAUCACGCCGAGGGCUUCUUUGCCGGGAUAGGUACUAUCAUGGAUGCCAGACCUAUCUACGAGCAGAAGCUCUCAGAGUCGGAAGCUCUGCGCCAGCUUCCCAGCGAACUCGCCGAGCGAAUUCGCAAUGCAUCUGGAGCUCAGUAUCUUGAUGCGAUUGCACUGGCGGCACUACACCCGGGGAGCAUCGAGUGGAUUUUUGCAUCCUAUGAGCCUUUAAUCGUGGAUCUGGCUUCGAGAUGGUUGGAUCUGGACUUUCAGAUCUAUUAUGCGCGCAUUAUUUCCACAUUUUCCAGAAUCCUGCCCUUUGCGCCUUACCUUCGAUCGUUCGCGACGAAUUAUGUUCUCGCACAACCCGGGCCUCUGGCAAGCCACCGAGAGUUAAAGUUGCUCGAAAUAGACGACAAUUCCUUACAAAACCUUCUCCUUUCCAUGCAUAGACUGCUAUCCUUCGAUUUAGAGUCUUUUUCUAGCGUCCUUUCGCCGAUCCAACUUCAGUCACUUUUCCAACAUCCCGAUAAAUGCGUGCGGUACCUAGCCAUCCGAUGUUUUUGCACCUAUAUGCAUGCUGCAGAUGCCGCGACACAAAACAUGCUAGAUUAUCAUGUUGGUUCGGAGCCUGUCUACGGCCCAUGGGAAGGCAUCACAAUCGACUAUAGAGUUCUUGGUCUGUGGGAAGAGCGGCGCUGGCAAUACCUCAACUCCUGUCUACGCGAGGAGCGAAAGACAUUAUUGAAUGGAGGGAUGGAUUUUCUAGAGAUGGUUAAAACCCAUGUAACGUCUCGUGUUGCCAAUAUUGGAGGAGUUCUCGUUCCCAGGGUGCGGUGGGACAAGCCUGUUGCUGAAUCCAGCCUCGUCCAUACUGCGACAGUUCAGGUCAAUCUAAGGAACAUAGGAUCGUCGCUUCUUGAUAAUAGACCCCUCCUUCUCAUCGGCUUACCUAAUUCGGGAAAAACUUGUUUGGUUAAUGAUAUCUCGAGGACGAUGGGCCAGGGAGCUUCUAUGGUGACGCUUCAUCUCAACGAACAGACGGAUGCGAAAAGCUUGCUGGGGAUGUAUGCCACAUCGUCAAUGACCGGAGCCUUUGCUUGGCAACCUGGUGUAUUGACCAAGGCUGCAAAGGAAGGCCGUUGGGUUCUCAUCGAAGACCUUGAUCGAGCCCCGUCAGAAGUUAUAGGGCUUAUACUACCGAUUAUAGAAAGAGGAGAGCUUAUCAUACCAAGUCGAAAAGAAAGAAUUAAGUGUGCGGAUGGGUUUAGAAUUAUUGCUACGAUGAAGUCUUCUCUGAAUAACAAAGGGGAAGAGGUUGCCCCCAGCCACGGUCUCCUAGGUAUCAGGCUAUGGAGAAAGAUAAAUAUCCAAUCUUUGCCCCUGGAAGAAAUUCGCGAAGUUAUUGCUAAUAAGUUCCCGUUGCUUUCACCAAGAGUCGGGACCCUCAUGGAUAUCUAUGACAGACUUUGUUCAGCCUUUCACAGCAAUCUGGCGGUGAGGAGUUCCCAAGGGAGGACACCAGGGCUUCGAGAUUUGAUUAAGUUGUGUGAUCGAUUGCAUCGUCGACUUGGCCGUUUGGGUGCAAAGACUGGAAAUGAAGAGACCCCAGAGAGCUUUCAAGACGAGAUGUUUCUUGAUGCGGUAGACGUUUUCAUUCGGUUCCUGCCGGAUCGAGAUCUCGGACACAAAUUAUCACAUCAUAUUGCUGAAAUACUCCAGCUAUCACCUCAAAGAGCCCAUUUUUGCCUUCAAGAGCGCACCCCUCCGUUCGCACAGCGUGACACCAACUUUUCGGUGGGUAGAGAAAUCUGUACUAGGAUGAAAGUGACAAAGACUUCCAAGUCCAAAUAUAUGCAAGCAUCGUCUCGCUUUGCGCCGACACGCGCGGCUUUAAAAACUAUGGAACAGAUUGCAGGCGCUAUUCAGCUAGCGGAGCCAGUUUUGCUUGUUGGAGAGACUGGGAUCGGUAAAACGGCAGUCAUCCAGCAGCUGGCAAACUUGAUGUGUCAGAAACUCACAGUAGUCAACCUCUCACAGCAGAGUGAAAGCACCGAUUUGUUGGGAGGCUUUAGGCCUGUCAAUCUUCGUUCAGUGGCCGUUCCCCUUCUAGACGAAUUCAACGAAUUAUUUGAGCAGACUUUCUCAGCAAGGAAAAACCAAAAAUUCCUUGCAUCAGUGACAAAAAGCUUGACUGCAAGCAAUUGGCCACGUCUUGUGAAUCUUUGGCACGAAUCUGUUCGAAUGGCGGAAAAUGUUUUUCGUUCCCCCGCAGAUUCUAAACAGACUGAGCAGGCCAAUGAAGAGCAACCAUCAAAGAAAAGGAAACUCGAUUCUCCUAAAUACAUUGCGCUUAAGGAAAAGUGGAAUCUCUUUAACGCCCAAUUGAACGACUUUGAAGCCCAGGCGGCCAGAAGUGAUUCAAAAUUUGCAUUCGCUUUCGUUCAGGGUAAGAUAGUUCGCGCUUUACGGAAUGGCGAGUGGGUUUUACUAGAUGAGAUCAACCUGGCUACCCCUGACAUUCUUGAGAAUAUUGCUGGGCUAUUACACCACGGCGACGAAGGGCUGCCGUCUGUUCUACUUUCGGAAGCCGGGGAUGUUGAAAGAGUCUAUGGUCAUCCCAACUUCCGAAUAUUUGGUGCUAUGAACCCCGCCACAGAUGCAGGAAAAAGAGACCUUGCCCCCGGGCUGCGGUCCAGGUUCACUGAGAUUUACGUUCAUUCACCCGAUGUUGACCUUGAUGACCUCCUUGGUUUGAUACAGACAUAUCUCGGCGAUUUGACUCAAAGUGAUUUGCGUUUGGCCUCAGACAUCGCUAGUCUCUAUCUCGAGACUAAGAAACUGAGUGCUGAAAACAGAUUAACUGAUGGCGCUGGACAGAAGCCACAUUUCAGUAUCCGGACACUUGUACGAACAUUAGUUUACAUUGUCGACCACGUCCAUAUAUACGGCAUCCGAAGAGCAGCAUACGAAGGCUUCUGCAUGAGUUUCCUAACACUCCUCAGCCAAGCUUCAGAAAAAUUGGUACUCCCAUUCAUUGAAAAAUACAUAUUCGGCUCUGCCAAAUACGCAAAAUCAAUCCUUGGUCAGGUGCCCAGACCCCCAAGUGAUGGCAACGAAUAUGUGCAAUUCAAACAUUACUGGAUGAGAAAAGGCCCAUUAGCUGCAGAGAAACAGCCUCACUAUAUCAUCACACCUUUCAUUGAAAAGAACCUCAAAAAUCUACUCCGUGCUAGCUCUACACGUCGAUUCCCUAUUCUGUUACAAGGGCCUACGUCGUCGGGAAAGACGAGCAUGGUUGAGUAUCUAGCUAAAGUCUCAGGGAAUAAAUUCGUGCGUAUUAACAACCAUGAGCAUACGGAUUUACAGGAGUACCUUGGAUCAUAUGUAUCAACCGACGACGGCUCUCUAAGAUAUCAAGAAGGCGUUCUUGUGGAAGCAUUAAGAAAUGGAUGUUGGAUUGUUCUAGACGAGCUCAAUUUAGCCCCAUCAGAUGUCCUGGAAGCUCUCAACCGACUGUUGGAUGAUAACAGAGAACUCUUCCUCCCAGAGACCCAGGAAGUUAUCCACCCGCACCCGAACUUUAUGCUCUUUGCUACUCAAAAUCCAGCUGGUCUUUACGGGGGCCGAAAGGUUCUUUCAAGGGCCUUCCGGAAUCGAUUUUUGGAGUUACAUUUCGAUGAUAUUCCUGAAGAUGAAUUAGAAUUCAUUCUCAAAGAACGAACACAGAUAGCGCCUUCGUUCUGUUCAAGGAUAGUGACUGUUUAUAAGAAGCUUUCUGUUCUGAGACAAUCUACUCGACUUUUCGAACAAAAGAACAGUUUUGCCACGCUCCGUGAUCUGUUCAGAUGGGCUCUUCGCCAGGCAGAUGACCGUGAGACUUUGGCUAUCAAUGGUUUUAUGCUUCUCGCGGAGAGAGUGCGGAAUUCACAAGAACGAGCCGCUGUUAAGAAAGUGAUAGAAGAAGUCAUGAAGGUAAAAAUUGACGAGGACGCAAUAUACAGUUCCUCAGAACUUGAGAGACUGUCCCACGGCCAACAAGCGCUCUGUAAAGGGGUUGUCUGGACGAAAGCCAUGAGAAGAGUCUUUGUUCUAGUCUCACAAGCGUUGCAGAAUAACGAGCCUGUUCUGCUAGUCGGUGAAACUGGUUGUGGAAAAACCCAAAUUUGUCAAGCUGUCUCCGAGAUCCACGGCAAAGAACUUCUGAUUGUCAAUGCGCAUGUCAACCUCGAGACUGGAGAUCUAAUUGGUGCACAACGACCACUGCGAAACCGUUCUGCUGUAGAACAGCAAUUACUAGAUGAUCUACAGGCAGCUCUGCCAAUGAAAAGAAAUAAUGACGGAACGAAUCUGGAGAACCUCAAAGUUUUGUUCUCCCAACUCACUACUGAGCAGUUGCAGGCAAUAAACCCUGAGACCUUACAGCGUAUCAAGACAAAUAUCACAAGGUCGCAGGCGUUAUUCGAGUGGUCUGACGGGAGCCUUGUCACGGCUAUGAAGACAGGCCAAUAUUUUCUUCUUGAUGAAGUCUCUCUCGCCGACGACUCUGUCCUCGAAAGACUCAACAGUGUUCUCGAGCCUCACAGAUCUCUUCUGCUCGCAGAGAAAGGACCUAUUGAUUCUUUGGUUGUGGCACAGAAUGGAUAUCAAUUCUUAUCCACAAUGAACCCAGGCGGUGACUAUGGAAAAAGAGAACUUUCUGCCGCCCUCAGAAAUCGUAUGACAGAAAUAUGGGUUCCACAACUCUCCGAUGAAGAGGACAUAUUACCAAUUUUGAGGAGUAAACUUCAAUUCGUGGAUGAAAACGACGCAAAACCAAUGCUGGAAUUUGCGAAAUGGUUUAAACAAGUCUUCCAUGGAUCGAAUUCUUCGUCACUGUCUAUUCGAGAUCUUCUCGCUUGGGUCGAGUUCAUCAACAAGUGUCCUCCCGCCAACCCUAACUUUGCGAUUGUCCAGGGUGCUGCCAUGGUUUACAUCGACACUCUAGGUGCAAACCCUUCUGCAAUGCUGUCUAUGUCCUUGGAUAGCCUCGUGGAAAAUCGAAAGCUAUGUCUUCAAAAGCUUACCGAGCUUUUCAACGCCGACGCUGCUGAAAUCUACGGUGAAGCGGCUACGGUAUCAGUAGACAAUGGUUACCUCUCCAUAGGCGCUUUCAAGUUACCAAUGUCUGCAAAUUCAUCACCAGAUCCGCAUUUCGUCAUGGACGCCCCUACUACCAUUGCCAACUCCGUUCGUAUAGCACGUGGUCUACAGUCGUCAAAGCCGAUUCUACUCGAGGGCAGUCCUGGUGUUGGAAAGACAACAUUGGUAGAAUCUCUUGCCCGUGCGUUAGGAAAGCCGUUUACUCGGAUCAACUUGUCUGAACAAACGGAUCUUACGGAUCUUUUCGGCUCCGAUGUCCCCGUUGAAGGAGGAGGCAUUGGCCAAUUUGCCUGGCGAGAUGCUCCUUUCUUACAAGCAAUGCAACGUGGGCAUUGGGUUCUCCUUGACGAGAUGAACCUUGCGUCUCAAUCGGUACUAGAAGGCUUGAACUCGUGCCUUGACCACCGCCAACAAGUCUAUGUGGCCGAAUUAGACCAGACAUUCAAGAGGCACACUGAUUUUGUGCUAUUUGCUGCUCAAAACCCACAUCAUCAAGGAGGUGGUCGGAAAGGUCUUCCGGCAUCGUUCGUCAAUCGUUUCACGGUCGUCUAUGCGGACAGUUUUAGCGAUACGGAUCUCAAACGCAUUUGCUCGAAAUUAUUCCCCAAAACUCCUGCUGAAGAUACAGACAAAAUAGUGGAUUUCAUGUCUCGAUUGAAUACGGCAAUUGUGCGUGACCGGAGGAUUGGCAAUAUCGGAGGUCCAUGGGAGCUUAACCUUAGAGACAUAACGCGGUGGCUCCAAUUAACCAACAAUGCCGAUAUCCAGGUUCCCUGCGGUUACUUCUUGGAGAAUAUCAUUUGUCAAAGAUUUCGCACAGAGGAAGAUCGUCGUACAAUCUAUGAAUUGUUCAAUGAGUCAUUCGAUGGACCACCCCCAGCGAAGUCCUAUUACCACGACAUGGCGCUGGAUUAUUUUCAAGUCGGUCUUGGAAUAAUGCAAAGGGAUAACACCAAGCGGAGCAUGAUUAAUGCCAACAUCCAAAUUCUUCCAUUCGAUCUCGAAGUUCUGGAGUCGUUGAUAUUCUGUGUACAGCAAGCCUGGCCGAGUAUUCUAGUUGGUCCUUCAGGUUCUGGUAAAACGGCCACUCUACGCAAAUUGGCCGCUAUACGAGGUGCCAAAUUAGUAGAGCUGGCUUUGAGCCCGGAUACAGAUACAAUGGACUUGAUUGGUGGCUUUGAACAGAUCGACUACCGCCGUCAAACUCAGGCUCUCGCAAAAGAUUUUGCAGCUUUUCUACAUGAACAGAUCGUCUCUAUAUUUACCUCUGGAAUCGGCACGGAAGAGACACACGCGUUGCUGGAUAUGUACGAGAUGUGCAGGAGGCCUGGAGUUACCAUAGACAAGUUAUCCGCAGCCAUAAAAUUGCUGCAACCGCAUUUUCACGAUGGAAAAUUUGACAGCCUUGUCAGCCAGUACAAUUAUCUGGCGCAGAUUUCAUUGAAUGCAGAUAAAGUCGGCUUUGAAUGGACUGAAGGCGCUCUCACAGAAGCUAUCCAGUAUGGAUACUGGGUCGUUCUUGACAAUGCAAAUCUCUGCAAUGCUUCAGUUCUAGAUCGCCUCAAUUCACUGAUGGAACCCAAGGGGUACCUAGUUCUCAAUGAGCAGCGCACCGAAGACGGUUCGGCUCGAGUAAUUAAGCCUCAUUCAAACUUCAGACUUUUCCUUACCAUGGAUCCUCGGAACGGAGAACUGUCCCGGGCAAUGCGAAACAGAUCUGUAGAGAUUUCAUUCUUACCACGAUCGGAAAUUGUCGAAGCCGAUAAUAUCCCGUGUUACACUCUAGAGUCAACUCUCUACCGUUUACGCCAUGUAUGGGACUCUACUAAGCAGGCUUCUUUGGUUGAUGAUCGUUCCUUGAGUGUUCGUUUAGACCACGUGAGAGCAGCGGAAAUGACAGAGUUUUACAGCUCGCUUCAAAGGCUUUUUUCAUUAAUGUCUUCUGACAGCAAGUCCGAUGGGUUUCACGCAGUUUUCGAACGAUAUGUCGCGGUGGUCAGAGAGAAUCCGCAGUGGAGACUACUAGCCGACUCAGCUUUACAGUAUGGUGUAUCUGGUCUGGAACUCGUCCAUCCGCUUGUCAACGAGCCAAAUUUAGUCCGGCUUCCAGAAUCUCUCGACCGAAUGGUUAUCAUUUCUCUAUUGCAAGACAUCAAGAAGGAUUUGCAUCAUUUACAGCGAUGUUUGAUUACUGCGAACGAGAACUCUCGGCAGCUGAAACCGUCACAGAUGACAAGACUGGAGCGUUCUUUCGCUUCGAGCAGAAUUUCAAGCUUAAUAAAAGACUCGACGCAGCCCGUGAGCUCCUUUUUGAUAGACUGUGUCCGAGCUCUUCAUGAAGUUAUCCAAAAUCUAGAUGAAAACAGCGCAAAUUCACCAUCUAUAUUCGCAUUGAGAGAAAUUUCAAGGUUCUGCUGGGAAAUAUAUUCAGCUACUCAAGCUAAGGAGCUGGAUGAGGGGGAGUUUCAAAUCUACUUGCAAACGGGACAGAAGGCCUUGAAAUCUGCUUCGGACCAAGGACCAAUUCUGUCUACUUUGUCUUCAGUCAUGUCUCCGUCCUUUUCAAGGUUUCACUCAGCAUGGAUGCUUACUACAGGUUUGAGCAUGCGCCGAAUCUGGGAUAUUUGGAGGCCUAUUACUUGCUCCAAUCCGGAACAAUUGAGUUUACUUCUCGAAGUAGAGGCGGCAACCACAGAAUUCUCAAAGGUUGCUCUAAAAACAAGUCUAAGUUUGGCACAGCUAGGAAUGAUGUGGAAAUCUCUUGUUGACGCUCAAAAUGCAAUGCUACUCCAAAACGUCGAUGGCAAAGCCCUCGUUCAAGGCUUGAGGGAAAAAGUACAAAAUCUAAGUUCAGUUACUGAAUUAUACGCCUCAUCGCAACUCCCUCAUUUCUCCAAUAUUUUCGAGACUAUUUGCGAGUACCAUGAUUUACCGACAAUAUGGAGUAAGACUCCAAUCAGCACUCAUACUCAUUUGAAUGAGACUUUACCACUACUCGCCGGGCGGUCCGCACACAGUAUAGUGUCAUCGAAUAACAAGUCGUCAAUCCCCGAUAUUUUGCACAAAUUAGCACUCUAUAAUAGCUGUGAAGGAAAGUCAGGGGCAGUUUCCCCCUGGGGCAAGACCUUUUCCAUUGACUUGCUACGGCGCUUGGACCAUGUCAAUGAAGUUUGCUUGGGGCGACUCGAGUUUCUGCAAUAUGAACAGGGUGCUUUGAUAGAGGCUUUGACAUUGAGUUCUAACGAGAUAGCUUUGGCUCAGGAGAAAGUUCUAUCAAUGGCAUUUACACGGGUACUCUCAGAGUUGCUAUGGCUUCAUCAAGAUUUCCUAGAAGACGAAAGCCUUGGGGUAAUUGGUAAUAUUCUGGUUUCGAUUGAGAAAACAGGUAAUUAUGAAGGACCAGUGCCAUUGCUUAAGCCAACAAUCGAUCUUCCAACCCACCACUACUUCCGACAAUUUAUUGAAGAGGCUUCGAAGUGUAUACAGGUGUUGGCCAGCAUUGGAAAAGAUCCACAAAGCGAUCUGUACAAUUUGGGAUUUGUCUCCAUUCAAAUAGCAGUGAUGUGUCUUCGACUGUUCGUCCCUGACAAACCAUAUGACCCAUCGCUUGGUCUGGUUAUUGAAAGACGACGGUACUCAGAGAAGCUCUUGCAGCUUGAGAACCAAGCCCAAGCAUUGACGGACUUUGAACUCAAGUUUUCUGGCAGGGCUAGUAAUUUGCGACGUCGCUUGAUAGAGAAAGAAUUACAAAGCCUUGGAUCGGCACCACCAGCUUCCCCUGUCACCCGUCCCGCUAAAUCGCAAUUACUGGAGUUGCAAGGCGAGUUCUCAAAUUUGUUCAACUCUGUCUUGAGCAGAGGUCCGGAGAAAUAUGGUUCCACGGAAUUUCAACAAUACGGACGUCUAUUGACAGAUAAUAUCCGUCAGAUUUGUAACCGGCUUCAUACCAACUUCAGGGCUUAUGAUGACAUAACAAUACUAGUUACCCGAUUUCUGCAGCUCUUGGAUUUAGGGACAUCUCUUUGUUCGGCUGGUUCUACCAAAGACAAGUCGAUAGACACGCCAACCCGACUAAUCAUUGAGAUGACGCCGUUCCUUAGUAACAAUGGAGAUUUAUUGCAGGAAAUACCAAGAAAACGACAAGCUACCACCAAUGCCCCUCUAGACGUUCUCCUUCAACAGUUUUCAUCUCUGGUUCUACGUCACAGCAUCGAUUCGUCGACCUUUGCUUCACAGCACUACCUCAAUGAGCUCCAGGGAAUUUUCCAGUCUGUCCACCAGCUUUGGAAGACACAACUCACUCAAGAGCAGAAGGAAACUGCUGAAAAGAAUCAAUUGUACCGAUAUAAAGGUUCAUUUGAGGAGAGUGAACAAAUUGAAGAAUCAGAACUACGCGAGUUAUUCCCUACUUAUGAAGAGAGCACAGAAGAGCCAACUAAGCAGAGUCGAUUGGAUCCUCAGACCAUUGCUUCAAAAUUGACACAGCUCCACGCAGCUAUUUUCGAAGGCGGUGACGUGCAAGUAAGGUUAAGACAAUUUAUCACAGAAUCUACUCAUAUGCUCGGCUCCUUGAAGUCUGAACGGAAACCCCAUUCAGACCCCAAAAAUCAACUUUCUGGUGUUCUUCUUGUUCUCGCAGAUGACAUGAACGGCUAUGAACAAGUCUCGUCAAGGCAUUAUAACUUCUACUCCGACGCCAACAUUAACGAGGCAAAACGUCUCGUCUCUUUAGUACUCUCUAUCCGCACCCGUUUCCUUCAGCUUCAAGCAAGCUGGCCUGAGCAUGCAGCUAUUCAUGAUGUUUUAAACUGUUGCCAGGAAAUUUUACAGUUUAAGCACAAGGAACCAAUCGCCAAAUAUAUUACCAAGUUGGAGAAACUGUAUGGAUUUGUUCAUGAGUGGCAACUAGUUGCUAGCAGGGAAUUUUCAGCUGUCACUCUGUACGAUGAGAUAACUGCUUUGAUCAUCAGCUGGAGGCGACUGGAACUGUCAACCUGGGCUAGGUUGCUGGAUAUUGAAUACGAGAAAUGUGAGCAAGCCGUUAGCUCCUGGUGGUUCGUGGCGUAUGAAGUUUUGAUUGCCGUCCCACUACAAAUCGCCGAGGCCGGAGAAGAUCUCCAGACCUAUACAAGAGAGACACUCGCAACCCUUGAGGGAUUUUUCAAAUCCACUACUCUGGGCCAAUACAGUCCCCGUCUUCGCCUAGUAGAAAUAUUCAAGUCGCUGCUGGUGUUAUUUGUUCAAAGACACCCGUCCUUGGCCUACAUUAUUUCUGGUCUGGAGAACUUCCUUUCGCAUUAUCGGAUAUUUGAACCCGUGAUAUCCAAGACCUUGGAAGAAGGAAGGAAGUCCCUCGAAAAGAAUGUUAAGGAGCAAAUCCAGCUUGCUAGUUGGAAGGACACGAACAUCACGGCUUUGCGAGAAAGUGCCCGUCGAUCACAUUACAAAUUGUUCAAGUAUGUUCGAAAGUAUAGGGAACUAUUGUCUGGAAUCACAGACCAGCUGCUGCAACAAGGAAUGCCUGAAAUUCAAGAACAACAGUUCUUUCUGAUUCAGCCGGUGUUCAAUGUCUUCCCAGCAACUUUAGCUUCUGAAGCUCUUGCUAUUUGCCAGACGCAAAAUUCAUUGUGGACGAAACGCGCACCCCGAUUCAGAGAGCCUACAAACACUGCGUCAAAUAUGUUACGUGUCUACAACAGUUCGCUCUCAGAGCUUGAUAUCUCCUUACAAUUGAGCACCUUUGUGACAGACGUCAUUGAGAGCAUCAAGGCAUUCAAAGCUGAAACCCCUGGAACUUUGACAGAAGAAAACAAGGAUGACGUCCAGCAUCUCAAAGCUCAGAAACGCCGCUUUUAUGCCGAAACUCUUCGAAAGUUGCAUUUUAUGGGCAUCAGAAGAAACGUCAGCACAAUCUUCAUUGAAGAACAAACCACUACAGCUCAGAUCCUAUCCAAUACUCCUAGUUUCCCACAUGGCAAUAUUCCUGGUGAUGAGGUGGCAAGAUGUGCAGACUCAUACUUUCAAAGACUUCUAGAUGUCCUACCACGUGUCAGAGUAGCGUCUCGUGAUUACAACGAGGAUUUGAACCCUACCGAAGUUACAAGAAGUGCAGGAUCUGCCGAAGGAUUCCUCGUACUGAUUAGGAAACAGCGAGAUGCUUUAUCUCCUGCAAUUGGGCACCUUUCAAAUCUAAAGUCAACCUUUGGUAAAAUGAAACUUCUUUGGAACCAUGGGGCUUCUCGACUUCAACCAGAGAACCCGUCUGGCCGACUGUCAAGAGAAAACGUAUUCAAACGCGUCUCGUGGUUAAUACCAAUUCUCGGUGUCGCCGUGGAGAUAGUAGAGAUUCAUGCGAAAAACUCGGGUACUGACAGCGUCGCCAAUUUCCUUCGAGGCUGGAAAGAUUCAUUCACUUACUUCAAGAGCGACAUCGAGCGUCUUCCAACGUUCCCUUCGGGUGUAUCAUCCGACGUCUUAUUUGAAACUGAGCAAAAUAUUGUCAACUCACUCCAACAACUCAGUGAUGGGCUAGCAAGAUUGAUUGACCAGCGGCCCGACCUAGCUUUUGCUCUGGAGCAGAUUGUGUCCUGGGUCAACAUCUCUUUUCCUAACCAUGAUUAUGCUGUCGAUCAUAAGCUAGCUAUCGAAGACUUGAACGAUUACUAUCUGUCUGUGGUAGACAAGGUUCUCGUGGGAUUACAAGGGCUGAAAGCUUCAUUAACCUCUUUACCACCAAACAUUGAGGAGAAGGACUGGCUUUCUCAAACUGAUUCUGCCUUGUCAAAGGCUCUCAAAGAGUUGCACCUACUGGACAUCUAUACAUCGCUGAACUCAGUUCUUGACAAAAUCCAAUAUCUCCAACCAUCUGGUUCUGGUCUUUCUCUGAUUGCUGCCAUCAUUGCAGGACUUUUGCCAAUCACAAACCAGUAUCUCAAUAUAUGCGAAGACUUGAUCAGUCGCUAUCUUUCAAUGCAUCGGGAAGUUUGCAAAAUGGCUUAUGUGCUGUCAAGGUCUUUCACGCAGAUUGCAUCAGAAGGGUUUUGUAGUCCUCAUGAAGCGUCUACUGAUCAGAGCGGGUCCGGAAAAGUUGAAAGUGGAACUGGCCUAGGCGACGGUGAAGGUGCUGAAGAUAUCAGUAAGGAUGUUCAAGAUGACGAAGACCUAUCUGACCUUGCACAACAACAAAACCCGGAACAAUCUUCAAAAGAUGACAUACAGCAAUCCGAAGAUGCCGUGAAUAUGGACCAAGAGGACCUCGAAGGUGAAUUUGAUGACAACAAAGAAAAGGGAGAUACAGACGAGAGCGAUUCAGACGAUGACGAGGCGGAAGAGGACGAAAUCGAUGAGGAGGUUGGCAGCGUUAGUGAUCUCGACCCUAAUGCCGUCGAUGAGAAGAUGUGGGAUGGAGAUCAUGAUCAGCAACAGAAAGAAACCGAGAAUGAAGAAGGGAAGGGCGUUUCUGAGUCUGACGAACAGGCCGCUUCAAAAGAGAAAAAGGAAACCAAAGAACAACAAGACAGUGAUGAACAGGGUAGUGGUGAAGAGAAUGAAGAGGAGGAAGUACCUGAAAACGAAGGAGAGGAAGUUGGCAAAGAGGAGCUAGAUGUGACUGAUCCACAUGCUAAAGAAGAACAGGCCCUCGACCUUCCGGAAGAAAUGCAACUUGAUGGUGAUGAAAAUGAAGGGGUGGACCAAGAUAUGGAUGAGGAUGAUGGAAUGGACGAAUUAUCUGAUUUUGAACCAGAUAUGAACGAAGACAAAGCCGAGGAAGGUCCCGAAGAACCAAUGGAGGAUGAAACUACUCCACAGCCAGGUGAUGCUGAUACGCAGGGAGAUGAGAACGAACUUGAAGAAGGGGAAGACAAUGAAGAAGCUGAUAAAGCUGGUGGAGAACAGACGGCCGAAGAGGAACAGGAACAGGAGGAUAAUAUGCGUUCUCAGGUGGACGAUGCUACCGCAGCCGAUGAUAAUGCUACAGAAAGUGAAGCAUUCUCUAGUGGAGUUGGAUUAGAGAAUGAGACCAAAGAUGAGAAGGGUGCCUCAGGAAAUACACAGCAAGAAGGCGGGUCUGAAGAAGCCGGUGCUGAGGAGCUUCCCAAUGGAACAGCAGAGGACGGAGAAAAUCGAAAACAAGCCGAUAAUAGCUCCGGAGGGACUGGCGAAGAUGCACAAGAUGAUCCUCAAGCUCAAGCGUUCAAAAAACUUGGGGAUGUGCUCGAACAAUGGCAUCGUCGUCAGAAAGAGAUAAUGAAUUCCUCCAAAGACAAUGAAUCCCAAACACUUCCUCCAGACACCGAUAUGGCAGAUGCUGAUUUUGAACACCUGGCCGAUGACCACGACGUUGCCGAUACACAAGCAUUGGGCCAAGCCAGUGAAGAACAGGCUAAGGCAUUGGACGACCAAAGAGGCGUGGAGACUGAGCCUCCUACUUCUAAUGACGACAUCUUGCCAGAUGUAGCUGACGAUGACAAAGACGUCAAAGCAAACGAAGAUUCUCUCGCCGAGGCAGCAAUGGAUCUUGAUGCAGUGGACAAGAAUGCUGCGCCAGGUGCCAAUGCAGCAAAGAACAAUACAUUUGUUGGCGAACCGUCCAGUGUUCAAGAUGGUGAGGCGCCAAUUACCGAGGAGCUAGACGAAGUUGAUAACCACCUUGCUGCCAUCCAUCUCUCAUCUACCCUUGCCCCAAAAACAUCACCUGAGGAGGCUCGUCAAUUAUGGUCACAUUAUGAAGCUAUCACCAACGAUCUUUCUCUCUCUCUCACCGAACAACUUCGCCUUAUUCUGGCUCCAACUCUCGCCACAAAACUCCGCGGUGACUUCCGCACCGGCAAACGGCUCAACAUUAAAAAGAUCAUUCCCUAUAUUGCCUCUCAAUAUAAGCGCGACAAGAUAUGGAUGCGCCGGUCUAUUCCAAGCAAACGAAAUUAUCAGAUAAUGCUCGCCGUUGAUGAUAGCAAAUCCAUGCUCGAAAGCGGAAGUGGGCAGCUCGCCUUUGAAACCCUUGCGCUUGUAGCCCGCAGUCUGAACAUGCUUGAAGCCGGUGAUUUGUGCAUAGUUGGUUUUGGAGAUGAAGAGCAUGUCCGCGUGGCCCAUGACUUCGGCAGACCUUUCUCCUCUGAAGCAGGCAUGCAAGUCUUCCAACAGUUCAGCUACCAACAAACAGGUACAAAUGUGCGGAAACUCGUCGCCGACUCAAUAGCUCUUUUCCGCGAGGCGAGAACAAAGAGAGCAGGCGGCGGGUCAAAUAACUCGACUGAUCUCUGGCAAUUGGAACUCAUCAUCUCGGAUGGUAUUUGUGAAGAUCACGACACUAUUAGACGCCUGGUCCGACAAGCACAAGAAGAGCGUAUCAUGAUUGUCUUUAUAAUUCUUGACGCCGCCAAGGGCAGCUCAAUUCUGGAUUUGACACAGGCAAGUUUCGAGCCUGAUGACUCUGCAAUUGGCACGGGAGAAAUGAAACUCAAGAUGAAGAGGUAUCUUGAAGGGUUUCCUUUCGCAUAUUAUCUUGUUGUGAGAGACGUGCGUGAGCUACCGGCCAUUCUCGCAAUGGCUCUGAAACAGUGGUUUGCAGAGGUUGUCGAUACGUCUUCAUAGAUAAUUUUUUGUCAGAGAGCAAAAGUGCAUUUUACGGUGUUAUAAAAAUGGGUUAUGAUCUACGAGACAUUUUACAGUUUGUUUAAUACUGCAUUGCAUGUAUAUAUAUCAUGAAUAUAUUCUCUAUACAAGUUUCC